UGACCAACUUUGGUCCACAACACCAGGCAGUCACCUUGACUUUGACCUGGUGAUCUGAAGUGGUCAUUGUUUGGUUGAUCUUCACCGUUGAAGGGUACGCCCGAAGACUCUCCUCUCUGUCCUGCUGAUAAAGAAUUCUAUCAUGGUUGUCAAGGUGUAUGUCGACAUGCUCUCGCAGCCUUGCAGGGCUCUCAUCCUUUUUCUCAAGAACACCAAGAUCCCGUUUGAAGUGGUAACUAUCAGCCUCCGAAAUGGUGACCAGAAAAAAGACGAGUAUACCAAGGUGACACCUCUAAACACUGUCCCAGCCAUACAAGAUGGUGACUUUUGCUUGGGAGAAACGGUGGCGAUUAUUCGGUACUUAUCAGCAAGGUAUCCAGACCGGGUUCCUGACCACUGGUAUCCAAAAGACUUGAAGAAAAGGAGCAGAGUUGAUGAAUACAUGGCAUUUCAUCAUACCGGAACAAGAGGAGGUUGCUGUGGGGUCUUCAUUAAUGAGAUCAUAUUUCCAUUGUUUAAUGGAGGUAAACAAGUGCCUGAAGAAAAGGCGAAGAAGGACCUUGAAAACAUGGCAAAACAACUUGAUAAACUAGAGAGAGCGUUCCUAAAGAAUAACAACUGGUUGGCUGGUAAUGACAUCUCUGUUGCCGAUUUACUGGCCGUCUCCGAGAUGAUGCAGAAUACUGUCAGUGGGCGCGAUGUGACAGAAGGGCGCCCUCAACUGAAAGCCUUCGUUGACCGUGUGAAGAAUCGUUUAGGCCCAACCUUUGAUGAGGUGUUUGCAGCCAUGUAUGGAUGGCGAGAGAGCUUCAAAAAAUAGAAAUAUUGCAUUCGAUAACACAACUCCGAAGGGCCAAUAAUUAUCUUCGUUGAUUUUUAAUGAAAUUUUCAAUCCCCAUUUAUGCUAGUUUGAUUUUUUCUCUUUAUUCAAAUCAACAUUUGUUUUUUCUGUGACGGACCUUUAACUAACUGUUUCAUAAUACAUGGGGAUAAUGUAUAAACGAUAGACCCAUGACUAUAUUGAAAAAAGUGAAUAUUGUUAUGAUUGAAUAUUUGCGAAAACAAUGGUGAACAGAAAGAAAUGACCAAUAAUAGUCUUGCGAUCAACAUCUACCCCUCGGAACCAUUUGAAUUAAAUAAAACAGAAAGUCUAGGCUUACCUGAUGCUGUAGAGAGACCAAUGCUAGAGUAUGCAGCAGCUGUGGAUCCUUCUACCAGGUAAAAUAUCCAAUCAUUUGAAAGGGUUCAACGACAAGCCGACCCGUAACGAUCGUAGGGAGGAGCUAGGGCUCAGUGUCACUAAAAGCACUUAUCUUGGCUGGGAAUCUCUUCAGACAAGAAGAAGAAUCUACAGACUUUGUAUAUGCUAUACAAGAUGAACAAUUAACGGUCAUGUCAAUAUCAUGAGUUUAUCAGACAGAACACGACGUACAAGGGGGAUUCCUUCCCAAUAUUCCUCCUUUGUAAACACGAUAAAGGACUGCAAUAAUCUCCCUCCUCGAUUGUU